AUGGACGCUAAAGUUUAUGUCGGCGGUCUUCCAAACGACGCUACCUCUCAAGAAAUUGAAGAUGUUUUUUAUCGUUUCGGAAGAAUUCGUAAAGUUUGGGUAGCUCGUCGUCCUCCAGGAUUUGCAUUUGUGGAAUUCGAAGAUGUUCGUGAUGCCGAAGAUGCGGUUAAGGCUCUUGACGGAUCAAGAAUUUGUGGAAACCGAGCUAGAGUCGAACUUUCUCAUGGUCGCAGACGGGGCGGCGGAGACAGAGGAGAUCGUGGUUAUCGUGGCGAUCGCGGAAGAGACCGAUCACCAUAUCGAGGAAGAUCUAGAAGUCGUUCUCGUUCUCGUGGUCGCGAUCGUGAACGUGAGCGUAGCCGUUCUCGUACAAGGUCUCGCUCACCACCACCACGUGAUCGUUCGGCAUCAAAAAGCCGAAGCCGUUCUCGCUCGCGCAGCCGUUCAGCAUCACCGCGUGAUUAA